AUGCCGAGAAAGGGAAUGAGAAGCAUUUGCUUUAACCCCAGAACGACGUCGGUGAUUUCUCUCCCUCGCCAUUCAAGAGCUUCUCCCGCUCGAAUAACACAUCUUCCCAGCUUUUCUGAAUCUACGACAAUGGAGCAAAUCAUUGAAUUCGCAACGGCAAUGAUCACGAAAUGGGAUCCGGACUCAUCAACGUUUGCUAGAGUCACUUCUCUCUUUUACGAGGAUAAGGGAGAAGCCAUGCAGUUCUUGAAGUGCGUUAACGAUCUGCAGAAAGCCAUGCAGUUGUUAGUUUCAGAGAAUUCAGCUUCUGAAAAACUCAUCCAAGCCCAAAACUUGAUGCAAAUUGCCAUGAAGAGACUACAAAAGGAAUUUUAUCAAAUUCUCUCCAUGAACCGGGCACACUUAGACCCGGAAUCAGUAUCCACAAGAUCAUCAAGAUCAGCCAGAUCCAGCAUUUCAGAUUUCGAGGACGAUGGCUCACCGGAAGACGAUGAUGUUCGAGUAGCAGGCGAUUCCAUCUCCGAAGUAGAAGAGGUAUCUUCAAUCGCCAUGUCGGAUUUGAAAUCUAUUGCAGAUUGCAUGAUUUCUGCAGGCUAUGCUAAAGAAUGUAUAAGAAUAUACAAAAUCAUACGCAAAUCCAUUAUCGAUGAAGGCAUUUACCGUCUCGGAGUGGAACGAUUCAGCAAUUCUCAAAUCAACAAAAUGGCCUGGGAAACUCUUGAAGUGAAAAUCAAGAACUGGUUAGACGCCGUGAAGAUCGCCAUGAGAACACUCUUCAACGGAGAAAGAAUCCUCUGCGACCACGUCUUCGCUUCCUCGGACUCCAUUAAAGAGUCGUGCUUUAGCGAUAUCUCCAAAGAAGGAGCCUUAAUUCUCUUUAGUUUCCCUGAACUCGUCGCCAAAACGAAGAAAUCACCUCCAGAGAAAAUGUUUCGUGUACUUGGUAUGUACACCGCCAUAGCCGAAAACUGGCCGGAGAUUGAAUCAAUCUUCUCCCACGAAUCAAACUCCACCGUCCGAUUACAGGCUCUCAAUUCACUCGUCAAACUCAGCGAGACAGUGCGUGCAAUGGUUUCCGAUUUCGAGUCUUCAAUACAGAAAGACUCAUCGAAAUUCCACGUCCCCGGCGGUGGAAUUCAUCCCUUAACUGACCAAGCAAUGAAAUAUCUCUCUCUCCUUGCCGAUUACAGUAACGUUCUAACCGAUAUUCUCGCCGACUUGCCUCCGCCGGCGAAAUCAUCCUUGCCGGAAUCCUACUUCGACAGUCCAGACUCCACCGACGCUCCGGCGCCGGCCAUCACCUUACACGUGGCGUGGCUCAUUCUCGUUCUUCUCUGCAAACUUGAUAGCAAAGCGAAGCUUUACAAGGACGUUUCUUUGUCUUACCUAUUCUUGGCAAACAAUCUUCAACACGUCGUAUCAAAAGUCCGUACAUCAAAUCUCCAAUACCUCCUCGGUGACGAAUGGAUUAACCAGAACGAAGCAAAAGUGAGACAGUUCGCCGCCAACUACGAGCGGGUAGCAUGGGAACAAGUCUUCAAAUCAUUACCGGAGAAUCCGACGGCCGCGAUUACACCGGGUCAAGCCAAAGACUACUUUAGAAAUUUUCAGUCGAGUUUUGAGCAAGUGUAUAACCAACAGAGUUCGUGUAUCGUGCCGGACCCGAAAUUGCGGGACGAGAUUAAAGUGUCGAUUGGGAGAAAGCUGGUGACGAAAUAUCGGGAGUUGUAUGAUAAGCAUAGAUUAACAUUGGGAGGAGAAAGAAAUGCCCGGAUGGUGGUGAGAUUUUCCACUGAAGAUGUGGGAAAUUACUUGUCGGACCUGUUCUUUGGAACGAUUGAAGGUUCCGGAAGUACGGGUUCGUCUUCUACUUCGUCUUCUCUCCAUCGGCGGCAUUCGCGGUUGAAAGCUUAGAGUUUCAAAUUGAUGCAUUAUUAUUUUAAGGAUUAGUAUACCAUUUUUCUGGGAUAUGUAUAUAUUUUAUGUAUUAUUGAUUAGAUAGAUUAUUAGAGAAUAAUACAAGUGAAUUUAUGAAUCUUCUCUAUUUCUUCCUCCGAAUAUCUCUCGUUUGUGUCUGUAAAAUGCAUGCAGUGCAUGGACAUUUCCACACUGUUCGGAUCCAAAUUAUUUUGGACUCUGCACAAUCCU